CAAACAUUGUCUCUCCACCUUAAUUACAUACCCCUAUAAUACAUUAAUCACCAUUAUCAAAUUUUGCCUCGUCAACCGUAAAGUUCUCCAAAGUUGCAAAUAAAAAUUAACGGAGGGAGUAUAUUUUUUUUAAAAAAAGUAUUUCAAUAUUCUAACAACUAACUUUUGUUGAGCACUAAUACUAUCAACCAAUAAUUUGACAACUAACCUUGUACUCUAUAACAGUUGACAAUUACGCGCUACUCUGAUAGAUACUCGCUAUUCAACCACAAAAUUUUACCCACUACCAUUAACUAUACCAAACAAGCCUCUUCAAAAAAGAAACUCAUAUCUAGAGAAUUGUGGAGUUUUAAAGAAAAGAUUUUUGAGAGGGUUUAACAAACAAAAAAACACACAUUUAAAUACACUACAAUCUUUACAAUCACAAUUCAGCAAACAAACAACAAUGGAAGCCCUCACUCAUUUGGGCUACAAUCUCUGCUACCCCACUCUCCGACCACCUCUCUCCUCUUCUUCUUCUUCUUCUUCUUCUUCAAGAAAAGACUUCCUUCACCGCUCCACCACCGUCACCGCCGCAAGCGCCGCCACAAACUCCGGCGCAUCGACGUCAUUUCCCGGCAGUAAAUGGGCUGACCGCUUACUCUCCGACUUUCAAUUCUUGCCCACUUCAAUUUCUGAUACUUCCACUUCAUCUUCUUCUUCUACCCCAACUUCUAUUCCUCCUUCUCUCUCUCCUCCUGACCGCAAUAUCUCCAUUCCCCUUAAUUUUUAUCAGGUGUUGGGAGCGGAAACCCAUUUUCUGGGAGAUGGGAUAAGGAGAGCUUAUGAGGGAAAGGUUUCGAAGCCCCCGCAAUAUGGGUUCACCCAAGAUACUCUUAUUGCCCGAAGACAAAUCCUUCAAGCUGCUUGUGACACUCUUUCUAACCCCAGUGCUAGAAGAGAAUAUAAUUCAGGCCUUUCUGAUUCAUUUGAAGAGACUACCCUCUUUGAUGUCCCUUUCGACAAGGUUCCUGGUGCACUGUGUAUUCUGCAAGAGGCCGGGGAGUCCGAACUAGUCCUUAGAAUUGGAGAUGUGUUGCUGAAAGAGAGACUAUCCAAACCCUUCAAGCAUGAUAUUGUGUUAGCAAUGGCCCUUGCUUUUGUUGACUUCUCAAGGGAUGCAAUGUCAUUGUCUCCUCCUGAUUAUGUCUAUGGCUGUGAGGCCCUGGAACGUGCUCUAAAACUCUUACAGGAGGAAGGUUCAAGUAGUCUUGCACCAGAUUUACAAGCACAGAUUGAUGAGACAUUGGAGGAGCUUAAACCUCGUUAUGUUUUGGAGCUCUUGGCUUUGCCUCUCACUGAUGAAUUUCGGAAGAAAAGAGAUGAAGGUCUGCACGGUGUGCGCAAUAUUUUAUGGUCUGUUGGAGGAGGUGGUGCUGCAGCUAUAGCUGGAGGUUUCACUCGUGAGGAUUUCAUGAAUGAAGCCUUUUUGCAUAUGACAGCAGCUGAGCAGGUUGAUCUUUUCACUGCCACGCCAAAAAAUAUUCCAGCUGAAAGCUUUGAAGCUUAUGGAGUAGCUCUUGCACUUGUUGCUCAAGCUUUCAUUAGCAAGAAGCCUCAUCUCAUUCAAGAUGCUGAUGACUUGUUUCGUCAACUUCAGCAAACCAAGUUGGUGCCCAUAGGAGAUUCCAUUCCUUUAUAUGCUACUCAAGAAAAUCGUGAGAAAGAUUUUGCAUUGGAGAGGGGUCUUUGUUCUCUGUUGGUUGGAGACCUUGAUCAGUGUCGGACAUGGUUGGGUCUGGACAUUGAAAACUCGCCCUUUAGAGAUCCAUCAGUUGUGGAAUUUGUGCUGGAAAAUUCAAGGAAUGAUGAGGAUAGUGAUAUGCUCCCAGGACUCUGUAAACUAUUGGAAACCUGGCUCAUGGAGGUGGUUUUCACCAGAUUUAGGGAGACAAAAGAUGUGCAAUUCAGACUGGGGGAUUAUUAUGAUGAUCCUAUUGUUCUGAGGUAUUUAGAGCGGCUGGAAGGAGGGAGUGGCUCCUCAUUAGCUGCUGCUGCAGCAAUAGUGAAGAUAGGAGCUGGAGCUAGUGCAGUAAUCGGUAACGUUACCACUAGUGUCAUACAGGCAUUGCAGAAGGUGUUUCCUCCUAGUUCUGGAGAAGAACACAUAACCCGACAAGAGGAUGUUGCGGUUAAUGGCUUUGGAUAUGAGGAUGCAUUGGCGGAGGUGGGGCUUGGUUUUGAUAAUACUUCAAAUUACGCUGAGUUGGCCAGUAAACAUCUUGCUGAAGAAUAUCAUGAACAAGAAUUGAUUACUGAGAAGAUAAAAGAUGUAGGUGUGAAGGUUAUGUGUGCUGGUGUGGUGAUUGGGUUGACGACUUUGGCUGGCAUGAAACUCUGGCCUGCUAAAACUGGUUCUGCUAUUCUGCCCAAGCAUGUUGGCUCAGUAACUUCAUCUGUGACUUCUGAUGUGUCCAAUGUGGGCCUCGCAAUGAAUGAAAAUAGUGAAAAGAAAAUACCAAAAAUGGAUGCAAGACUUGCAGAGGUUCUGGUGAGAAGAUGGCAGAGUGUUAAAUCGCAGGCUUUGGGACCAAAUCAUAGCCUUGAGACGUUGCCAGAGGUUUUGGAUGGCAACAUGCUUAAAAUUUGGUCUGAUCGUGCAAAGGAAGUUGCAGAGCGUGGUUGGUUUUGGGAAUACUCCCUAUUGAAUGUGAUUAUCGAUAGUGUGACAGUAUCCCUUGAUGGUAAACGGGCAACAGUAGAAGCUACUCUUGAAGAGACGGCGAAUUUAACUGAUGCUACCCAACCUGAGCACAAUGAUUCUUACAGCAGAACUUACACAACAAGAUAUGAACUGUCUUAUUCUGAUUCUGGGUGGAAGAUCACUGAAGGUGCUGUCCUCCAAUCUUAAAUUUCAGUUUAUCUGUAAAUAUCUCUCCUCUUUUGGUUGUCUUUGUACGUAUAUUUUUGUUGGCAGUACUUGAUGAUGCUAUGUCAAUUUGUUGCUAAACCAGCUUGGGUCAUUUUCAUAGUAAAAUUUGCUUCUGGUUGUGACGCAAA